GGUGAGAAGACCUUACGAAAUAUUUAAAACGGACUAUUCGUAUACAACUAAGUGAAAGGCGCUAAAAAAUUUUCCUCAAAGAAAUCUUAAAUAAAUUCAAAAUUUUGUUAAAAGAAAAAAGUGCACGCUAAAGUGAAAGAGUGUAAACAAAAAAGAAAAAACAAACAGUUCGGGGCAAAUUGAUUGCAAACAGUUUAAGGAAAAAAUGAGUUUACAAAGAACAUUACUUGCAGUGCUGAGCAGUUAUGUCGUGUUGUGCACCCUCAUGAGUCCAUCUCAAGUGCAUGGCUAUUCCAUUGGUCAAUCGAAAUUCGGACGUAUAGAAAAGUUUCCCUACCAAGUGAUGUUAAUUGGCAAGCAGUUGUGGCGAAAACGCAUCCUUUGUGGUGGCACUUUGCUCGAUCAGCGCUGGAUACUCACCGCUGGACACUGCACUAUGGGCGUCACACACUUUGACAUCUACUUGGGUGCACUCACCAUCGAAGAUACCGCAGAAAUGGGGAGUCUCGUGCUGCGAUCCAACAAAUUCAUCGUGCACGAACGCUUUGAUCCCGAAACAGCUGCCAAUGACAUCGCACUCGUUAAGCUGCCUAUGGAUGUGGCCUUCACACAGCGCAUACAACCCGCCUCCCUGCCGUAUACUAACCGCAAUGACCUAUUGACCGGUGCCAAAGUAGUAGCUACCGGCUGGGGUGCCAACAAUGAAAUGUCUAACUACAACCCCAUGCAAUUCACCGAAUUGCGUGUGAUCUCAAACACGGAGUGCGCCCAUGAAUUCGACGUAGUUACGGAUGGGGUGCUGUGUGCAAAAGGUUUGCGCGAUGAAACUGUUUGCUCUGGUGAUUCCGGUGGUCCAUUGGUGCUGAAGAACACCCAAAUGGUAGUGGGCAUCACAAGUUUUGGACCUGCCGAUGGUUGUGAGACAAAUGUACCGGGUGGAUUCACACGAGUCACGCAUUACCUGGAUUGGAUCGAAAUGAAAACGGGGAAAAAGCGUACAAAAGCAGAACAACAAGGGCAACGAUCACAGGCACCCUUAAUGCAACGUUUACAAAAGCUGUCACAUAGUUCACAAGCGCAAGCGCCAACGCCAAUGCGAAGUGCGGUGCGAGUUAACGAUAAUGUGGUGUAACUUAGUUAGCACAGCGUCAGCGAUGGGCGGGUAUUGAACAAAAUUUUUAAAAAGGAGUUGAAAAACACUCGUGUUUUGACUGACUGAAAACAAAGCUUUAAUUAGUGAUUAUUAAUUGUACGUAUUUAUUGUUUAAAAUUAUGAAAAUACUUUUAGUUGUAAAAAUUAACAAACAAAAAAACAAAAACGUUUGGAUAAAAGGAAAGAGAAACGCGACAGGAGCUUAGUUUUAGCUGCACAGCUAAGCGGAAGGCAUGAAAUUCACCUGCGUGUGCGCUUAAAUUGUGAACGAAACUCGCUCGAGGCGUUUGAUAAGAGACGCGAGCGUAGUAGGCGCGCCAUUGAAGACACUCGAAUUUCCUGAAAUUUGAGUUAAAUGGUUUUUUCGUUAUGCGAAAUGGAAUUAUGUGAUAUUUGUAAUUAGUGAAUGAAUAGCAAAUUUGUGUACAGCUGUUGUUGCUCUAUAUUGUACGGAGCGAGUAUAUAUUUAAUUUAGUUAAUGUAUCGAUUCACUUGUACAUACAUACAUACGCACGUGUAUAGUAUUAGGAAUGAGAUUUAAUGUACAAUAUUAUUUAUUUUAAUUAGUUGCACGAAAAGAAUUAGUUACGUGCUUGCAUGACAAUAUUUGUUGGUCCAAUAUAUUUGUAUAUAUGUAGAUGCGUACGCCUAUUUCUUUAUGUUGUUUUAUCCACUAAAUAUCACUAAAUGAAAUUUAAUUACUUAAAGACAAAAACAAGUUAUGCAGUUAUCAGCAAAUAUUUAUUCUACUAUUUACACAAUCUUAAGAAAAAAAAACAAAAACAACAAAA